AUGAAUGCGUUUCUUGCUGCUCUGGUGCAAUUUCGAAUUGAAAUUCAAGUUCUCACCAGUUUUUCGUGCGAAGAAACCGGCCGUCUUGUGCGUGCCGUAGUGGAUCAAUGCGCUGACGUCGCACUGAAUGAUCACCGUAUCCUGCCCCGCUUGUGGUUCGAGCGUCCAUUCCUACUGGAAGAAGAGUCGCAAUUCGAACGUUUUCUCGUGUCCACGAAGAUCGUUAACCACUACGCAGCACAGUCACUGUUGCAUAAGAUCUGUAUGGAUGAUCUAUUCUCCAAGAGGUACGAGCUUCCGAUGCGCAGUGGAUGA